AUCGUGCCAGUUUCGUUCGAAUCACGAGUUGAAAAGGGCGCAUUUUAUAUCGACGGUCGACGACGACGACGACGGCGGUGAGCAAUCCUAUCGAAGGGACGAACACCACUUCCGUUGGAAGUAAUUUUGCAUAUAAACAAAGUGAAGCGGACGGGGAAGGAAAAACCGCGCGAUUGCGGAUCCGUUUCUUCCGUCGUCAUUCACCUGGUCGGUGCGCUGUUCAUGUUCUAGUUCAAAAUCAGUGCAAGUGCCAAUAAAAUGAGCAGUGAAAGCAGAACAAAAUACGAUAAUAGCGCCCUCCUUUCUAGCACAAACGCUAUAAGCACAGAUCAGCGACCGUGUGCUGAAGCAUAGAGCAAUAACACGCCCGCAAGUGUACGGUACAUAUCAAAUAAGUGACAUAGCAAGCCGUGCCGAGCGAAAAGGAGGAAGCCAAGGAAGGAAUAUCGCACAGUGAGUUUAAUGCCAGUAGUGGUGGGUGGCAAUGAUGAUGGGUGGUGGAGAUGGAGAACGGUGCCGCCGAGGAAGCAGCGAGGAUGCAAAAUUUAAUUUAAUGCCGAACAAAGCGAAGAAGCUCCACCGUCGCCAUCGCCGGCAUCUUGCCGGAACCGAUGGCAACAGCGGCGGGCUACGGCGAGUGCUUCUGAGUCGAUCCGGUGGAAUAACGAUGAGGAGCUUCAUUGGAAUGCUUUUGGGAUUACUUACAAUAUCAGAAUCGCUGGCCCUGCGCCUCACCACGGUUCGCAUCCCGACCUACAAAUUUCGCGGCGAGUCAGCCCUGCUCGAGUGCCAGUACGAGCUCAGCGAACAGCAGCUUCAAACCGACCAGGAGGUCGCAACCGAGGAUGAACGCCUCUACUCCAUCAAGUGGUAUAAAGACAACGAAGAAUUCUACCGGUACGUUCCCUCGGCGAAUCAUCCCAUCAAAACGUACAAAAUCGAUGGCAUCCGGGUAGAUCCGAACCAGUCCGAUGGGACGAAAAUCCUGCUGAAGGGCCUGUCGCUCAAAUCGUCCGGCAUUUAUCAGUGCGAGAUUUCUGCCGAGGCACCCAACUUCGAUUCGGUUCUCGGUGAAGGUCGGAUGGAUGUGAUAUAUGUUCCGAAAGAUGGUCCUCACAUCAACGGGAGCGAGCGAAGGUCGUACCACAUCGGUGAACGGAUGGACCUGAACUGUACCUCCGGGCGCUCCUAUCCGGCCUCGACGCUCCAGUGGUACCUGAACGACCAGCUGGUCGUGGACCCCGGCAGCAUCGUGAACUAUCCGCGACUGGUCAAUCAACAUGGGCUGCUCGUAAGCUUCCUGGGGCUAAGUAUGAUGGUCCAACCGGAGCACUACAUCGACGGUCUAAUGCGGAUCAAAUGUGUGGCCAGCCUGUCGCCGGUGCUGUGGCGAAACGGGAAGGAAAGCAUCGUCCAGUGGGAGCAGCCGGCGAUCGAUAACCGGGUGGCGAUGCUGCUAGUGAAAAGCAGCUCCUGCCGGUGGCAGUCCACUGCGGCUCUAAUAACUCUCUGUUCUGCCCUGUUGUACAUCACCAGAACCGGCUAUCGAUGCCGGUGCGCGGGUCUAGCACUAACACUAGGGUAACUGAAACAAUGCACCAGCAUCGGGAACCAUCGAAACAUAAUUCGACUAAAAGUUGAACUUGUAAAGCAUCAGAUUCUCUACACAUUAUUCAAUGGUGGAAGAAAGUUUGCGAAGCGUAAUCAAAAGUAGGGUUAAAAAACACCACGAGGGUCCGAGUGUCGAAAUAGGGUAAUCAAAGGAGGCGAGUUGGGUAAGUGAUGAACGAUGCGGAAGGGCAGUGAUUUACACGAUAGUAUUUACAGCUGGUAGCCCAAGCUAGCGGUCGAGCUUUGUCCGAGCUCGAGUUUUUUUUCACAAAAAUCUUUAGUUUUUUUUCUUUGUGUACAAACAAAACAAGCACUGUAUAUAGAGAGAAGCAAGUCCUAGAAAAGUCAGCAGGCUGGUUGUAAAGUUGUUAAUUUUGUAUAUAACAGUUAGCUGGCAAAGAUUCCUAGAAUAAACAUUUCGCUUGAAUCCACUA